GUGGCAACUCUGCCGGGUACGAUGGGAUGGGGGGAGCAGUUGCCGCCUGGAUUAUUGCAUCACUGAAACUCUCGGUAUACUCCAAAUUCGCGAAUCUUCUUGACUAAGACACUGUUCAAGUUGCCUCACCUUACCUUACAAACCUCACUUUGCCUGCGCUUCCUCCUUUUCUAAUCAAUCCGUCCUCAAGCCCCUAAACUGUCACUCUUUCAAGCUCCUUUUUGUCAGAGUCCAGAUAAUUACAAACCGUCAUCUGAAGUGCCCAUCGCUCUUCAGAUCUCAUCCAACCGCAGUCUGGGUCUUGCUUGAAGCAAGGCCACAGUCACAAUUUCACCUCACGCCGACAUUCCAGAAACCAUCAAGGCCGGUAGUAAGAGAAAGGCUUCGACAGAGGAUCUCUCCCGGCCAGAGAAGAAAAUCAUGACAGACACAGUGAUGGAAGUCGACAACCCCGGGGCUGCUAUCCAGCAGCUCCAGAAUGGGGAGAUUGAUGAAUCACUUUACAGCAGACAACUCUACGUUUUGGGCCACGAGGCAAUGAAACGUAUGGGAUCUUCGAACGUUCUCAUCGUCGGUCUGAAAGGCUUGGGAGUGGAAAUCGCGAAGAACAUUGCUCUUGCUGGCGUCAAGUCAUUGACUUUGUUCGAUCCCAAUCCCGUAGCCAUUGCCGACCUAUCCUCCCAAUUCUUUCUGCGUCCCGAAGACGUCGGAAAACCACGAGCAGAAGUCACUGUACCACGAGUCGCCGAGCUCAAUUCAUACACCCCUGUGUCCAUCCAUAAAUCCCAAUCACUCACGGAGCAUCUUGAUCAGCUUAAGCAAUAUCAGGCUAUCGUGCUAACAAACACACCACUAAAAGAUCAACUCACCAUAUCUGACUUCUGUCACAAGAACGGCAUCUACGUUUCGGUCGCGGAUACCUUUGGUCUGUUCGGCUACAUCUUCAAUGAUUUCGGCAAGGACUUCACCGUCGGAGAUGUCACCGGGGAAAAUCCAAUCAGUGGUAUCAUCGCGGACAUCGAUGAGACGGGUAUGGUCUCUGCUCUAGACGAGACACGGCAUGGUCUGGAAGAUGGCGAUUACGUUGAGUUCGCUGAGCUCAGAGGUAUGGAGGCGCUGAAUGGUGCUCCACCCCGAAAGAUUACCGUCAAGGGACCAUAUUCUUUCUCGAUUGGCGAUGUAUCUGAUCUGGGCAAGUACGAAGGAGGUGGUCUCUUCGCUCAGGUUAAGAUGCCCAAAAUCAUACAAUUCCAGUCACUCUCAGAGCAGAUCAAAAAGCCUGAAAUCAUGAUAUCCGACUUUGCCAAGUUUGACCGACCCGCACAGCUUCAUGUUGGUAUUCAAGCCCUACACGCCUUCGCCGAGAGCCACAAAGGCAGUCUUCCGAGACCCCACAACGACGAAGAUGCUCAGGAGGUACUGAAUAUCACCAGAAAGCUGGCAAAGGAGAGCGGAGAAGAGACUGAAAUCGACGACAAGUUGAUCACAGAGCUGAGCUAUCAGGCACAGGGCGAUCUCAGUCCGAUGGCGGCAUUCUUCGGCGGAAUGACGGCGCAGGAAGUCCUUAAAGCCGUGUCUGGAAAGUUUACACCUGUCGCACAAUGGCUUUAUUUUGACGCUCUCGAAUCGCUUCCCACCUCAGUUGCUCGAAGUGAAGAGCUAUGCAAACCAGUCGGAUCACGCUAUGAUGGCCAGAUCGCAGUCUUUGGAAAGGAAUACCAAGAAAAGAUCUCGAACGUUCGAAAUUUCCUUGUAGGCUCUGGCGCCAUUGGUUGCGAGAUGUUGAAGAACUAUGCCAUGAUCGGUCUGGGAACUGGACCCAAAGGUCACAUCACUGUCACCGACAACGAUUCGAUAGAAAAGAGCAACCUCAACCGGCAAUUCUUGUUCCGACCCAAGGAUGUUGGCAAGGAGAAGAGUUCUUGUGCUGCUGAAGCUGUCCAGGCAAUGAAUCCUGAUCUCAAAGGCAACAUCACCUCCAUGACGGACCGAAUCGGACCCGAUACCGAGGACAUCUUCAAUGAACAAUUCUGGAACGACCUUGAUAUCGUCACGAAUGCUUUGGACAACGUCGAAGCUCGUACCUAUGUUGAUCGACGAUGUGUGUUCUUCAUGAAGCCACUCCUCGAGAGCGGUACCCUGGGAACCAAAGGCAACACUCAGGUCAUCUUGCCACGCCUGACUGAAUCAUACUCCAGCUCUCAAGAUCCUCCUGAGCAGUCUUUCCCGAUGUGUACCCUUCGAAGCUUCCCCAACAAGAUCGAACACACCAUCGCCUGGGCCCGGGAUCUGUUUCAAUCAUAUUUUGUCGGACCUCCAGAGACGGCCAACUUGUACAUCAUCCAGCCGGAUUACAUUGAGACCACCCUGCGACAGCAAGGCAAUGAGAAGAUGAUACUGGAAAGCCUGCGGGAUUAUCUGGUUUCAGAAAAGCCAACUGAUUUCAAUGACUGCAUUACCUGGGCGCGCAUGAAAUUCGAGAAGGAGUACCAUAAUGCGAUUGCACAGCUACUGUACAAUUUCCCGAAGGACUCGAAAACAUCAACGGGCGCUGAAUUCUGGUCCGGACCUAAGCGUGCUCCCACACCACUGAACUUCGAUCCCUCCGACGAAACACAUCUGGGUUUCGUUGUGGCCACAGCCAGUCUUCAUGCCUACAACUAUGGCAUUGAAGUCCCAAAGCUUUCGCCUCAGGAUUACACCAAAGUGCUCGACAACAUGAUCGUUCCCGAGUUCAGGCCUGAUGCGAAUGUCAAGAUUCAAGCCGACGAAAAGGAGCCUGAUCCAAAUGCCAAUCGUCCAAGCUUUGCAGACGACGAGGAAGAACUCAACAAGAUUAUCGCAGAGAUACCAUCACCAUCCAUUAUCCCCACCUUCCGGUUAAAUGUGGUCGAGUUCGAGAAGGACGACGAUACGAAUCAUCACAUCGAUUUCAUCACAGCUGCAAGCAAUCUCCGAGCGCUGAAUUACAACAUUCCUGUUGCCGACCGCCACAAGACGAAGUUUAUUGCCGGCAAGAUUAUCCCAGCCAUUGCUACCACAACUGCCUUGGUGACAGGCCUAGUCAUCCUCGAGCUGUACAAGAUUGUGGAUGGCAAGACUGAUCUUGAACAGUACAAGAACGGAUUUGUCAACCUUGCACUACCGUUCUUCGGCUUCAGUGAGCCUAUUGCAAGUCCAAAGGGUCAAUACCAGGGCAAGAACGGCGAAGUCACAAUUGACAAACUCUGGGAUCGAUUUGAGGUUGAUGACAUCACCUUGACUCAGUUCAUCGAGCAUUUCGAGAAUCUUGGAUUGAGUGUGACCAUGGUCAGUUCUGGUGUCAGUCUGUUGUAUGCCAGUUUCUACCCACCCAACAAGACGAAAGAUCGCAUGCCACUGAAGAUGAGCAAAUUGCUGGAAACUAUCAGCCGCAAACCUAUUCCCGAACACCAAAAGAACAUCAUUUUCGAAAUCACAGCCGAGGACAGCACUGAAGAGGACGUGGAAAUUCCCUAUGUCAUGGUCAAAUACCGAAAGUAGGGUUUUCGUUGACGAGCGUUCCCCGGCGUUUUCACAGCAGCGGUGCAAUAGGGCUAUCCAAGGGCGGGUAGCGAAAACACAGGCUGGACAUUGGGAUUCUUUUGGGCGGUGUACCAAGCUGAACACACUGGGCUGAAGCACUCUGUAACAGUCCGAUAGACACUAGAAUUCAAACCAACAUGAAAUAUUUUGCCAAAGAGGAAACACUUGCUUACUGCAUCUUUAGUCAUGACUGUGGAUUUAGUCAUCAGGAGGAUUAGUCUUUAAAUCUUGUCAUGAUGCUUUAACUUCAGAUCUUGCUGUCAUCCCCACAAUGCCAUCAUCAUCGGCUGUGUUCCGCGCAGAGUAUUUGUGUCCGCAGCCGUGGCAGUAGCAUAAAUACUUUACGAUAGCCACCACAGAGAACGUUGCUGCAGUCCGU